UCAUUCAAUACAAAAUGAUAUUAAGCGUUCUUAAACAGAUUACAACAUAUUAUCGAUAUCCGCUAUUUAAGAAAGGAAUAAGAUUUUAUGGUAUAUAUGAACCGCCAUAUCUAAAGAAAAAAGAAUUUGAAAUACCAACUUAUCCUGUUUUAAAUAUACAAAUUAAAGGAUAUAAAUAUUCUCUACUUGAAAGUUAUCAAAGUUUUAUUCAUAAAAUAGCAAAGGUACUUGAUAUUACUAUUGAUGACAGUUUUGCCUUUCCACAUAAAGAAUUUAAAAUAAAAAAAUUUAAAAAAAAUAGUACAAUAAUUGAUGCUGAAUAUCAUUUAAAAAUUUAUGAGAGAGAUAUACAAAUAUCAAAUGUGUCAUCUGUAAUAUGUCCUAUUCUUAUUAGGAUAUUAGAAUCAACAUUACCUGAAGGUGUUUCAUUAUCUAUACAUGAAUAUGAUCCAAUUCUAAAAAAGAAAUGUUUAAUUCCAAAUAAGGAAUUACUUGAUCUCAAAGCAGAAUUAGAAGAAUUGACAAAAGAUAAAACAAAAGAUUAAUAAUAAAAAAUUUAAUAUUGAUUAUGUAAGAAUGUAUAGCUUGUUUAAUAUUGUAAUUUAAAAAAAAUAUUUUGCAUGCAAA